AUGAAUGAAAAUGAACAAUAUAAUAACAAUAAUAACAAUAAUAUGCAAGGUGGUGUAGCUGAUGAAGACGAUGAAGAUGUUAAUAUAGAGGAUGACGAUUAUGUCUUGGUGGCAGCGGCAGCGGCAGCACAACAACAACAGCAACAACAAAGAAACACAAUGCAAGAUGAUACCGAAGAGAAUAAUCCUUAUUCUACAAUGUCAUUCAGUAGUACCAGUAACACUCCAUCCAUCUUAAACAGCUUUGAGAAUAGCUAUAAGAAUGAACUAUAUUAUUCACCAAGUUUAUCAAAUACUGACAUUAUGAAUAAUAAUAAUAAUAAUGAUAACAAUAACAACAAUAGUAAUAUUAAGACUAACAAUAAUAACAAUAAUAACAAUAACAAUAGCAACACAAUAUCUUCAGAUAAUAAUCAUAAUAAUAAUAAUAACGGUCAUGUUGAUAUUGGUGGUGGCAAUAAUAACAAUAAUGGCGAUGAUAUAAACAAUCAAUCUACAUCUGGAAGAUAUCGUUUGCUCUACUCUGAUAACAACAUUGACAACAAUGAUAAUAUCUAUCAUCAAUAUAGUGCUACGUCUUCAUCUUCUAUAUAUUCUGUUGAGAGUAGUACAACUACUAGUAGUAGUAGCAGUAAUAUUAAGAAUAAUAAUGAUAUGAAUAUAGAUAUUGGUUAUCUAUCAGUACAGCAACAGGACCAACAACAACAACAACAACAACCAAGUAGUAGUAGUAGUCAUAGAAAUAAAUUAAUAGAGUAUGAAGAAGAGGAAGAAGAAGAGUUUACAGUUGUAAAACCAAGAACGAUAACAAGAGAUGAAUUAUACUCUUCACCAUCACCACCUCGACCUACAUCUUCAUCUAUAUCAACUAAUGAUACGACAUCAACGUCAUCAUCUUCAAAUACCAAAAACAAAAAGAAAUCAUCACCUAAAUUUAAUUUAAAGAAAUCACCUUCUCUUGAUAAUAGUAAUCUUAAUACAUUACAUUCACAGACAUUGACGACACCUACACCUUCAACAACAGAUAGUAAUAUUGAAACUGCUGACAAACAACAACAACAACAACCACCACCACCACCACCACAAACACAAGUAAUAUUAAAAUUACCAUAUGAUUUAAAUAGUUUACAUUGGGAUUUGGAUCAUCUUUCAAAUGAAGAAGCUAUCUAUUGUUACUGUGGAAAAGAUCUAGAUAAAAAGAUGGUUAGAUGUGAUCUAUGUUUGCAGAUAUUUCAUUUCGAUUGUGUGAAACUACUGGAGGGAUCGGACCAGAUCAUCGGUGACUGGGUCUAUAGAUUCAGCUGUUCAGUUUGCACCAAAGGAAGAGAGUCAUUCGAGAGAUUCGCAAAGAACUGGGUAGAUGUAUUGGAAAUAGUUUUAUACAACUUGGCAUUGUCACAUCCAAACAGAGCAUACUUUCAUCUCGACGAUGAAAUCAUACCAAUGAUCGAUCAAAAUUGGCAUCUAUUAUGUAGUGAUAAAAAGAUAAAUUGGUUUAAACAAUUACAACCUGCAUUAACCAAUGGACAUAUAUUUAAACAAGGUGAUAUCAAUAUUGGAAAACCUGGAUAUUGGGCAUUGGGAACAUUACAACUUGUACUCAAAGAUAAUCCUACUUUCAAAGAUAAAGUAUUGGCACCGAUCAACAAGAAGAAAAAGAGAAAAUCUUCAUCGUCUCAAGAAAAAAGAUUUAAACAUUUAACAAAAUUAUUAUUGAUACCUUUGAAAGAAUCCAAUUUCGUUCCGACCAUUGAAUAUGAUAGGCUGUGCGUUGCCAUUCAGAAUUCAGCACCACAAAUUGUUAUUGAAGAGAAUGGUAUGGUUGCAAAGAGUUUGAAAGGAUAUAGAAUGGCAAAAGCUUCGUUUCCAUGUAUUACUGGCAGUUGGUAUUUCGAGAUUGAGGUGGUUGGCAAUGCAGGAAGUUCGCGUCUUGGUUGGUCGACUUUCCGUGGUGAUAAACAAGCGAAUGUAGGAUACGACCAAUUCAGCUACGGCUACAGAAGUCAACAGGGUGAUAUCUUUCAUUGUGCCAAGAGCAAGCCGUACGGUGAAUCGUAUGCAGUUGGCGAUGUCCUAGGAUUCUACAUACAUCUGCCGCUGAAGAAUGCGCCAUUCGAGGUGUUUGACAACAAGGUCGAUCCUCUUAAGAUCUACGAGAUGAUAAGCGACGAGCUGGAUACGGAGCAACCGGAAACUGUUGAGGGCAGUGAGAUUCGAUUCUUUAAGAAUGGCCGCUCUCCAGGUGUUGCAUUCACCAACAUCGGUCGAGGAAUGUAUUAUCCGGCCGCUUCGAUGUAUAUGGGGGCAUCGGUUCGAUUCAAUUUUGGACCGACAUUCAAAUUCCCACCACAAGGUCUUACCACUCCGUUCCGUCCGUUUUGCGAAACUGUAAAAUUAACUCCAAACUCCAAUACAACCAUCAUCACCAGUAAUCUUAAUGAUAAUCUUCAUCAUCAGAAUGAUGACGACGACGAUAUGAUGAUAAGUGAUUAA